UAAUAAUCUCUCAUCCUCUCCUCUGCUCAGUACACAGAUCCCGCCGUUCUCCGCUCCUCAUCGGUAUACCGCGCACCAUGCUUUCCAUCCGCAAUCCUCUCAGUGCUGUGAAUGAGAACGUGUCCCCCAUGAAGAGCCUGAGCCUGGAUGACAAAGAGAACACGCCACCUACUCUGAGCAACACCCGGGUCCUAGCCAGCAAGACUGCCCGCAAGAUUUUCCAGGAUACAGAGAAUGAACCAGUGAAGCCUAAGGAACAAAAGAACCCAGAUAUUCAAGCUGAACCCCUACUGAGAGACAACCCCCAACGCUUUGUCAUCUUCCCUAUCCAGUACCAUGAUAUCUGGCAGAUGUACAAGAAAGCAGAAGCCUCAUUCUGGACUGCAGAAGAGGUUGACCUCUCAAAAGACAACAUACACUGGGAAUCACUGAAAGAGGAGGAGAGGUGGUUUAUUUCGCAUGUGCUGGCUUUCUUUGCUGCUAGUGAUGGAAUUGUAAAUGAGAACUUGGUUGAGCGGUUCAGUAAGGAAGUACAAGUCACCGAAGCACGCUGUUUCUAUGGUUUCCAAAUUGCAAUGGAAAAUAUUCAUUCCGAGAUGUACAGUCUUCUCAUUGACACAUACAUUAAAGAUCCUAAAGAGAGGGAGUUCCUGUUCAAUGCAAUUGAAACACUGCCUUGUGUGAAAAGGAAGGCAGAAUGGGCACUCCGCUGGAUUAGUGAUGACAAUUCACCCUUUGGUGAGCGUGUGGUUGCAUUUGCUGCUGUGGAGGGAAUCUUUUUCUCUGGGUCCUUUGCAGCCAUCUUCUGGCUAAAGAAACGUGGAUUGAUGCCUGGUCUGACAUUUUCAAAUGAACUCAUCAGCAGAGAUGAGGGUUUACACACAGACUUUGCUUGUCUUAUGUUCAAACACCUUGUGCACAAGCCAUCAGAAGAGCGUGUCCGGGAGUUGAUCACUGAUGCAGUCACAAUUGAGCAGGAAUUCUUGACGGAUGCACUGCCUGUAAAACUGAUCGGCAUGAAUGGAGACCUGAUGAAGCAAUAUAUUGAGUUUGUGGCAGAUCGUCUCUUGUUGGAGCUGGGCUUUAGCAAGAUUUUCAAAGCAGAAAAUCCUUUUGACUUCAUGGAAAAUAUUUCUCUGGAAGGGAAGACUAAUUUCUUUGAAAAGAAAGUUGGUGAAUAUCAGAAGAUGGGAGUCAUGUCAAAGACAUCAGACCAUAAAUUCACUCUAGAUGCUGACUUCUAAAUGAACUGUUAAGUCUUGACUGCUGUAACUUGGGGGACACGUUCAACAUGCAGGUUCUGAACUGUAGUGAAUGGGAACUUGUUACAGUAUGGAACUAUAAGCUACGGGCAUUAUCUUAUCAGAUGUGGUUUCAAAUCCCUUCUGACAGAUCUACUAUGUCUGGCACAUGCUAGUUUACAGUAGGAGCAUGAAACACUCAUGGGUACAAAAACUUGUACAGCUUGGGGUAUUUUAAAGGGUGCUGUGUACUCUGCAGGGGAACUGCUGCCCGAUGGCAGCUUUUUUUGUUUGUAAAUUUUUUUUAAUGUAUUUUUAAAGUCAACUGUGGCACUUUAAUAAAAGUUUUUAGAAAAAU